AUGAAGGAAAAGAUUGCACUGAUUCGAAAGUGCAUGCUUACCGUGCAAAGUCGACAGAAAAGCUAUGCGGAUAAGCGUCGUCGCGAGUUAAAAUCUGCAGUUGGUGACUUUGUAUAUCUUAAGGAGUCGCCAAUGCGGAAAGUGUGUUGUUUUAGCAACAAGGGCAAGCGUAGUCCAAGGUAUGUUGGACCGUUCAAAUUGUUGAAACAAGUGGGCUCUUUAGCAUACAAGAUCGAGAUGCCUACUAAUUUGGUGGGUGUUCACAACGUUUUUCACGUCUCUCAGCUGCGAAGGAGUAUUCAAGAUCCAUUUCAGGUGAUUAGUCACGAGCUUCUUGAUAUUCAGCCGAAUUUGACAUAUGAAGAGUUGCCUGUGCAAAUUCUGGAUCGAAAAGAGCACCAGUUGAGAACCAAGUCCAUCCCUCAUGUGAAAGUUCUAUGA